CCCGGGUCUUGCGUGGUUUCUGGCCUAGGAGUGCUCUUGAUUUGGUUGCCUUCCUUUUCCUACGGAAAGGCUUAGGUCGGCUGCCAGGUCUAGGAGAUUUGGAACGCAGGCUGCUUCCUCCUUGUUUUCCGGUUCUGCCCGUGGGAGCCUUCGUUCUGGCGGAGAAGAGGAGGAAAGCGUGCGCCUGGUGACAGGCCUUUCCGCGUCGCGCUUCACACUGGUCCUAUGGUCACUCGGCGCAGCGGCAUUGAUAGAAGUGGAAAGUGAUGCCCUGACGGGGAGAGGGCUUUUCCCUAUCCACUCAUCCAAGGGCCUUCCAAACCUUGCAGAUUUAUGUAGUUGCUAGACACUCGUACCCGGAUGUUCAGCGGAGGAGGGCUUAAAUGUUGGAGAAGAGUGGGAACUAAAAUUUUAAGGGACUAAGGUGCAUUUCCAAAACAGAGUUUUGAGCACCGUCCAACACCUGCAGCGUGGAAUUUGUGAUCGUCUCUCGCCGUCCUGGGGUCUCAGCAUGUACUUCCUUUCCUGGUUAAGUCAGCUGUGCAGGGGUUUAUCCAGACCCAUCGGAAGGACAGCCCAGCCAACCUGGGGUUCUUUCUCCCGAAGUCUGGCGCUGAGUUCACAGAGGAGAAUUCCAGAAUUCAAUAGCUUUGUUGCCAGGACCAACACGUGUGGAGAGUUACGUUCUUCUCACUUAGGCCAAGAAGUCACCUUGUGUGGAUGGAUUCAGUACCGAAGGCAAAACAUCUUCCUAGUCCUAAGAGAUUGCCACGGUCUUGUUCAAGUUGUCAUUCCCCAGGAUGAGACAGCUGCUUCUGUAAAGAAGAUUCUAUGUGAAGCCCCUCUGGAAUCUGUGGUGCAAGUGUCCGGAACAGUCAUUUCCCGACCUCCAGGACAGGAAAAUGCAAAAAUGCCAACAGGUGAGAUUGAAAUCAAAGUUAAAACAGCUGAGCUUUUGAAUUCCUGCAAGAAACUGCCCUUUGAAAUUAAAGACUUUGUGAAGAAAACGGAAGCUCUUCGUUUGCAGUAUCGCUACUUAGACCUUCGUAGUUUCCAAAUGCAGUACAAUCUGCGACUGAGGUCCCAGGUGGUCAUGAAAAUGCGGGAGUACCUUUGUAAUCUCCAUGGGUUUGUGGAUAUAGAAACCCCAACACUGUUUAAGAGAACCCCAGGGGGUGCCAAAGAGUUUCUAGUACCAUCCCGGGAACCUGGAAAGUUUUAUUCUCUCCCUCAGAGUCCUCAACAGUUUAAGCAGCUUCUGAUGGUUGGUGGUUUAGACAGAUACUUUCAGGUUGCCCGAUGUUAUCGAGAUGAAGGUUCAAGACCAGACAGGCAGCCCGAGUUUACUCAGAUUGACAUAGAAAUGUCUUUUGUAGACCAGACUGGGAUCCAGAGUUUAAUUGAGGGUCUGCUCCAGUAUUCCUGGCCCAGUGACAAAGACCCUUUGGUAGUUCCUUUUCCUUCCAUGACCUUUGCUGAGGCAUUGGCCACCUACGGAACUGAUAAACCUGACACUCGCUUUGGCAUGAAGAUUGUCGAUAUCAGUAAUGUGUUCAAACACACAGAGGUCAGAUUUCUUCAAGAUGCACUUAGUAAGCCCCAAGGAGCUGUCAAAGCCAUGUGUGUCCGUGAAGGAGCAAAUUACUUAAAAAAGAAAGACAUUGAGUCCAUUAGAAAAUUUGCAGCUGACCAUUUUAAAGAGGAGGUCUUACCUGUAUUCCUAAAAAACAAGGAAAACUGGAAUUCACCAGUUGCUAAAUUCAUACUGGAGAAACAAAGAUUGGAAUUAAUUAGACUAAUGGAGAUUCAAGAAGAUGAUGUAGUCCUCCUGACUGCCGGAGAGCACAAGAAAGCAUGCUCUCUGUUGGGAAAGUUACGUCUGGCUUGUGCCGACAUUUUGGAAAUGAAUGGUAUGGUGCUCCGUGACCCAGCCCUGUUCUCCUUCCUUUGGGUGGUGGAUUUCCCACUCUUUCUUCCCAAGGAGGACAAUCCCUUGGAGCUGGAGUCAGCCCACCACCCAUUCACUGCUCCCCACCCUGGUGACAUUCACCUCCUGUACACUGAACCUGAAAAGGUUCGCAGCCAACACUAUGACUUGGUUUUAAAUGGCAGUGAGAUUGGAGGAGGUUCCAUCCGAAUUCACGAUGCAGAGCUACAGCAUUACAUCCUGGCGACACUACUGAAGGAAGAUGUGAAAUUACUGUCCCAUCUGCUCCAGGCUUUAGAUUAUGGGGCACCCCCUCAUGGAGGAAUUGCCUUAGGGUUAGACAGACUGAUGUGCCUUAUCACUGGAGCUGCAAGCAUCAGAGAUGUCAUAGCCUUCCCAAAAUCCUUCCGGGGACAUGACCUCAUGAGCAACGCCCCAGAUUCUGUUUCUCCUCAGGAACUGAAGCCCUAUCACAUCCAGGUCUCCUGGCCAGCAGACUCAGAAGCAGAAAGGAGCUCACUGAAUCAUUCACACCAUCCAGAAAGUUGAACUUGAGUUUUGUCCUCUUUGCUUCACCAAGGCUAAAAUCAAAUCUGGAUGUGUCACUCAUAUGACAAGUCUGUAGGCGAAUAUAACCCAGGAAGGAUUCUUCACAAUAAUGUAUCAAAAUUUCACAAUAUGCUUUUUUUUUUUUGGUUGGGACUUUUUUAUAAGUUCCUUUUUACUUGGAGUUAAA